ACCUGGGAUGUUUAUUUUUAUGUAAACUCUUCUUCUUCGCCAUCAUAAUGAGUUGACAGUACACUUACCCAUCGGAUGAUGCGUCUAACUAUGCCAUUCAUUACCGUUUAAAACGAAGUCACCAUGUUCUGGACUCGUUCUAUCAGACUUUUCAGAUCACCUCGCGUCUUCUUAUCUCACUGUCAUUCGCGUAAAUUUUGCAGCUUUUCGCAGGACAAUGAUCCGGGUUCGUGGGAAUCGAUGGAGGGUCUUUCUCGUUGCUCUGCGAAUUUUGUUCCUUUAUCUCCCAUCACCUUCCUAGAGCGAGCAGCCAAGGUCUGCAGAGACAGAACCUCGGUCGUGUAUGGAUCUCUGGAGUAUAACUGGGGCGAAACCCAUCAACGCUGUUUGAAACUCGCUUCUGCUUUGACCCACUUGGGAAUUUCUCGCGGGGAUGUGGUUGCCACUUUAUUACCCAAUGUCCCUGCUAUGUACGAGGUACAUUUUGCUGUUCCAAUGGCUGGAGCCAUUCUAUGCACCCUUAACUCACGCUUAGAUGCAGCUAUGGUUUCAGUCCUUCUGGAGCAUUCACAAGCAAAGGUCCUUUUUGUAGACAACCAACUUCUUGAAGUCGCUAGGGGAGCUCUGAACUUGCUAGGCAAAAAACCUAGAGAAUUGCCGAUUUUAGUUCUAGUUACCGACUCAGAUUGUCCAUCUACAUUUGACAUUACAUCAGUUAGUUAUGAGUAUGAGCGGCUUCUGGCAGAUGGGCACAGUAGUUUUGACAUAGUGAGACCCCAUAGUGAAUUGGAUCCUAUAAGUAUAAACUACACCUCAGGUACUACAUCUAGGCCUAAAGGAGUUGUCUAUAGUCACAGGGGUGCUUAUCUUAAUUCUCUAGCAACUGUUCUACUCUUCAGAAUGGACCUUUUUCCUGUUUAUCUUUGGAGUGUUCCGAUGUUCCACUGCAAUGGGUGGUGCUUACCUUGGGGAGUGGCAUCACAAUUUGGGAUCAAUAUAUGUGUUAGGAAGGUCUCUCCAAAAGACAUUUCUGACAAUAUAGCUCAGCAUAAGGUGACACACAUGGGAGGAGCACCAACAGUGCUGAACAUGAUUGUGAACUCUGCAUUGACCGACCGAAAACCACUCAAUCAGAAAGUGGUGGUGAUGACAGGAGGUUCACCUCCACCGCCACAGAUCCUUGACAAGAUGGAGGAGAUUGGCUUUAGCAUCUCUCACCUGUAUGGCCUCACAGAAACGUAUGGUCCAGGCACUUUCUGUGCUUGGAGACCUGAAUGGGACUUGUUACCCCACGAAGAUAGAUCAAAGAUGAAAGCCAGGCAGGGGGUGCCCCAUGUGGCUUUGGAGGAAAUUGAUGUGAAAGAUCCUGUCUCAAUGGAAGGUGUUCCAUCUGAUGGAAAAACAAUGGGAGAGGUAAUGUUUAGAGGGAACACAGUGAUGAGUGGAUAUUUUAGAGAUUUGAAAGCAACGGAAGAAGCUUUCAAAGAUGGGUGGUUUCGUAGUGGGGAUCUAGCUGUGAAACACUCUGAUGGUUACAUAGAAAUCAAGGACAGGUUGAAGGACAUAAUAAUCUCUGGGGGAGAGAAUAUUAGCUCCGUUGAGGUAGAGACUGUUUUGUAUAGCCAUCCAGCAAUUCUUGAAGCUGCAGUUGUUGCCAGGCCAGAUGAUCAUUGGGGCCAAACUCCUUGUGCUUUUGUGAAGUUGAAAGAGGGUUUUGAUGUAGAUGCUGAAGCCAUAAUAAACUUUUGCAGGGAACAUUUGCCGCAUUACAUGGCUCCUAAAACAGUCGUUUUUCAAGACAUUCCAAAAACUUCAACUGGGAAGAUACAGAAGUAUGUUCUGAGGAAGAAAGCCGAAGCUUUGGGCAGCCUUUCUAGAUCCCAUGACUGUGAUAAAUUGUAGUUAAACGUUCAAGAUAAUGAAGCGAAUAAUAACAAUAAUAAUAAAUUGGGAAGAGGUUCUGCAAGAAAUUCCAUUUUUAUUACAAAACAUAUAACAGACUAAUGGAAUUUUCACAUACAUCACAUUUUAUGGCACUAACUUGUCACUACAGAAAACUUUUUCUCUUGUACAAACAAGGUUUUCACUGUUGUUCAAACUGUGGGGAGAGCAGGAUAUUUCUCAAUAUCAAAACGUGUUACAAAUGGGUAAAAAAUGGAUCCAGCAUAUAUAUGAUUCCCGAUUUUAAUUGCACUGGUCAAUCCUAGCUUGGGAUCAUAAUAAUGUGCAGUUAGUUUUCCGUCUAAAUCGACGAUUGCAAAUCCUCCAUUCUUCGAGAUAGGUAAAUUCCACGCAUAUUUUGUUACAAUUGCUACAACCUUCCUAAUGAAAGGAUAUCUGAAUGCCAAAUCCAGUUCAGGAGUAAGGGCCUGCCAGUAAUGCACAAAAACAUUUAUGAGUAAACAAGACAAAAAACAUCCAUCUUUCUUUUUCUUGUUUCUUUUUAUUUUUAUGAAAAUAAUAGUUUUGUUGUAGUGUUAGGUCACAAGUCAUAUUCCCGUGUCUGGCUUUCAAAAACUAGAAUUUUGAACAUAAUUAGUUUCAUUUCCUUA